UGAAAGUUAUCCGCGUGGCAAAAUUGAUCAGUUUGGUUUUUUUUUUGUUGUUGUUGCAUCCUCUUUCCUACCAAAAAAGUACAGCUCUAAAGUAGUGCUUCAAGGUAAACGGUGAAUGUAUUUUUCUUUUAAAAGGACCGGUUUUCAGCGGAAUAAAGUUCCCUCUCCGGCGCGCAGAGGAAACUCAACGUCACCAUUAGAAAUCUUAUUUCAUGGCGCUGUGUUCACCAGUGGCGGGAAUGAGUAUGAUUCACAUAAGAGGGCAUGAUCAAAUGGUGUGGUGAACGCAUUAAAGGUGUCUUGACCGAUCGACCUUUUGAGAUCCGAACUUGAACAAACUGCAUAUGCAAAGAACGCCACAGUUAUUGAAAACACAGUUUUCUACAAACAAGAACCAGUUUUCAAGGAGACUCAAGUCUUGAUCUCCAUGACUGCCGAUAUUGAGAGAAAUAUCUGCAUUGACGCUCGAGACAAGAGCCUGGUCAGUUUUGUUGAAGACUUUCUCCCGAGGAUGACAAUCUCCGGAGUUUGUGUGUUCCACUUCAUCAACGAAUUAUCACAGCGAAAAUGGGAACAACACCUCGGACAGACUCUCGUCAACGACAAAAGCCCGAAAGAUCCCUGGAGAUGUACCAAGAUGAGGAAAAAUCUAAUAGCAUUAUUACAACCGAAUCGUGAAGGAAUUUUUACGGUCAACUUGUCUGGCUCGUGCGGCUCAGACUCCACCCAAGAGACCGGUAUUGCACACCGGAGCUGCGACCCUCUCUUUGCCCAAUAUCAUGGAUAUGAUUCCACCUGUUUGGACAACAUCAUAAACUCGGUGUUGAACGAGAAGUUAAAAAACCACGAAACCCACCCACCUUCCAACAAUUGGCUUCUCCGAUCCUUCUCCGAGGCCGAGAAUAGCUCUUGGUUGGAAAAAGCUCUCGAUUUCUUUGGUACUAUUGAGGCAAAGACCCAAGACAGACGACAGGAGGAGUUGGAUCAACUGGAGCGAACUCGAAAUGGGAUCAAUGAAAACAUCCGGGACUACGAAACGAUUCAAAUGGCAAUGGUCCCCGAACCGGAUCGCUCAGCCGAUGAAGUGCGACAAUAUAUUAUGACCAAGCAUGUUAUGAAUGAGUUCCCAGAAGAGUUCAUACUGAUUGUAGUUUUGGGAAUGAUGAUCUUGAUGCUGUUCGAAUAUUCUGUGUGAUUUAUGGGGAAAUUUGACCGGACAUCCAGAUUCGCUUAUUGGCUUGCAAAUAUAUCGACUCAAGCUCUCCGUUAACGUUAGUUCCCAACCAAAACGAAAGAGCGCUUCGUUACUACCAAAGAUGUGCAUGAAAUCUAGUCCGUGAAUCCAUAGAGCGUUAAUUUGGGUACUCCAAAAUGUUGUUCUAUAUCUACAGCACGAUUAUUUAACACCACGAAAAUUGAGUCCAAAAUUAGCUGACAAACAUUGGCAGUGACUGUGUGCAGUCUUCAUCAACCAGAAAUAAUGAGAUGGAUGUUGUUCCUAAUGUACGGAUUCCACAUCCAUGAACGGUGAAGAGUGAGUGUUUGGGCAUCCAAACCAAACGACGGCAAUCUUCUUCAAGCGGACUUUUCGAGUCCGAUUUUGCGUGGUUAUCAAUUUGUUUCAUUGCGU